CACACGUGCAUUUGUUUACUAUUUACACGUCGAAAACGAAGCUGAAUUUCUUGAUAAUUUCGUAUUAUUUAAUAAAUGGGUGGAACACAUAAGAAAAAGCUACGCGCCGAAAAAGCUAAAGUAAAACUUAAAGGCGCAAAGUUGCCAAAAGGACUGAAUGUAACGAAAACUGAAUUUAAAGUACGUAAAAUUACUAUUCGGGAGCAGUUAAAAGAGUCACAAUUUUCAGAUGGCAUAAGGCAAACCAAUAUUAAAGAAUGUCUAUCAAAGCUCAAACAUCAUAGUUCAAACUUCCGUAUUGAAGCUCUAAGAAAUUUACGAGAUGCAGUGUCAGUAAAUCAUGUGGGUCUUACGGCAAGCCUAAGUGAACUUAUCCAGGGCAUAUCUGCCAUUUGCCUAGAUCAGGAACGUGAGCCAAGGCGAGAAUCAUUUAAAACUUUAAGCGCUCUUUUAGGUUAUCUGCCGGUGGAUGCAGUAGCACCGUUUUUUCACAUUGUGUCUUCCUAUUUACGCUGUGCCAUGACACACAUACAACCCAACAUACAAGAGGAUUCCCUACUCCUUUUGGAUGUACUCUUACAGCAUAUACCGUCUCUGGUGGCAACACAUAGUGCAAAGAUUUUACAAAAUUUUCUCGAAAUGAUAUCUCGUGUCAGGGCAGAGGGUGAUAAGGCUGGCAGAAUGCUUACUGUAAAUAUGGGCCAAAAACAAACGACCAUAAAAUGGCGAUCAAAAGUGCUGUUACGUUUACAACAAAUGCUUGAAACGUUGGCUGAAUUUAAAAUGAAGCAAAAACAAGAUAUAAUGACCGGAUCAAAUACCAGCCACAGGGACACUAUAGUUUCCUUUAGCAACAAGACUGCUCAAUAUUAUGGAAUUAAACGUUGUUUUGCUGCGGAACAAAGCUGUGACCUGUCCCACUUGUUUAAUAGAUCCGUAGGGAGUUCAGCCUUAUCCACUGAUGACACAUCAACAGAUGAGUAUGACCAAUUGCACUCCUACGUUGAUCAUUUAAUGCCUUUGCUUUUGGAAUCAUGGUUGGAGGUAAGGCCUCAUCAGGCGGUGGGCACAAUCAAUGUCGGGGUAGAAACUCUGCUAACUCUUGAUGCCGCUCUUACAUUAAAAAUCGUACUGGAAAUCAUAGAAAACUUAUGGACGCUGAUUGGGAUCUAUGAAGAGCAAGUAAAUAAUAAAGAUUUAAGUACAUGGUUCAAGGAUCAAUACGCGGAUGUUUUUGCAGCUAAUUUUUUGCAAAGCUCAUAUCCCUACCAACAAAUCGACUCUGAUGAAGAUAAAAGCAACUCCAAAAGGAAAACAGUAAAUCAGUCCUCGGGCUUAUCUCCAUUUUGCCUUCAGCAAAACAUAACUAUUGGCUUUUUAAUGUGUCGCUUCUAUGCUGAAGCUCUUGAUAGAGAAUCCGUCAGAUUUAACUCUGUACUUAACUAUUUAACAAGAAUAAUAACGAAUGCCGAGUCCAAUAAGACAAAUUCACAAAACCAUUUACGUCCAUUGGUGGCGGCCUUGCGAGCUUUACUCUUGGAAAGCGGACGUACACUAACCAAGUUACACAAAGAUUCCACAAUUAAACUACUGCGCAGUUGCAUUAAGGCUUUUCUUGGAAACAAAUUCGGUGAAAUUGGCAUUUCUUCAAAAAUACUUCAAAUUCUUUGUGAAAUAGUACAAUGCAGAGAGCUAUGCGAGAUUUAUGGGCCAGAGGAGUUUAACGACUUUUUGCGAUAUUUGCCCAAUUUAUUACUUAAGCCCACGGUGAGUGUCUCAUGCUUGCUAGCUAUGAACAAAUUAGGCAAGCAACAAAACAUGGUAUUUAUUGAGGCCCUUAAGAAUGUUCUUUUGCAAGUAGUUGAACAUUUACAAUCGAUUCAGGUGAUCGGUGCACACAACGUCCUCGAAGGUAAAAAACACAUAAUGAACCUGUUUUAUUGGUUAACUCCUCAGAAAAGUAUUUCACAAAAAGAAAUGCAGGAGAUUAACAAAGUAGUUGAAGCAGUUAUAACCGAUAAGAGAGUAUCUGGAUAUUGCCAUUAUAUAUUAACAUUGGCAUAGCUUUUUAUUUGUACAAAAUACAGAAAUAAAACUAUAGCUACGUUUUUCUUUUCA